CACCACGCCCACAGCUCGUGCCAGCACGCUAUGCAAGCUACGCCACUCUAUCCAUGGCGCGUCGCGACCCGCCUUCCCGUAUGUGAUACCCGAGUUACCGCGAGACGCGGUGGCGGAAGUCGCAGCGCUGCGCGCCUUACACGAGCGCGGUCGACGGCGACAGCAAGAGCCGUCAUGAGGGUUUUCAGUGCGGAGGAAGUGCACAGCGCGCUGCCGUACGAUGCGCUCAUCGAUCAUCUCCGCCUGGCCUUCCGCGCUUCCAGAAGCGGAGAUGGCAUCGCCGCGCCGCCACGCCAGCACUACAGCAUCGAGCGGCGCUGUGAGGACGACGGUGCAGAGGCUAAUAACGGGACGGAUGCUAGGUCUUGGGCGGAGCAUGAGGCAGCAGCAGGAGGAGCGGGAGUGGUGGGGGGAGAAGAAGGAGGCGCGGAAAGGGGAAGUGGAGGGGGGAAUGAAGCAGAGGGGAGGAGGCAAGCAGUGGGGACGCUGCUGGUGAUGCCGGCAUGGGACUCCGACCAUGACAUGA